AGCUGUCCAGAAAACAGCAGAACCCACAUCUCUGGUUCUGGCGUCUCUCCAUCUUCCUGCUUGUUUCAGGCUUGGUUUGAACGAUCCGCUGAGACUUAAAUCUGGGCUCUAGAGACCCAUUUUAUUUUAUUUUAUUCCUUGGAGGUUAAUUCUAGCAGAGUUAGAGAUUCUUUUAAAGAUGAUGGUUUUAUGAUAUAUUCUGUAUUUCAUUUUAACUUGUUUUUUAAUAACUUUCUUUGGCUUCUUUGCUCUUGUUUUGUCUUUGAACUGUAAACACGUCCAUUUCUGUUGUUUUUAUGUGCUAUAUAAAUACACUGAAACUGACAUUCACAUAAAAUACAAAAUAUGACAUUAAAAUACCAUAUUGUUUAUGGAUAUAAAAGAUUAGCAGAAUUUUGGAUUUUUUUCUGAUUUAAAGUAGAAGUAAAAAACUUCGACCCAUUUUCAUAUUCUGACAGGCCACACAUUUCAGAUUUUUAAAAAUGUUGAAUCAUUUUCCUUCACAUUAUGAACCACUUUGUGUUGGUCUGGCUCUUAAAAUCCCAGUAAAACAAGUGUGUGGUUUAAACGUCAUCAAAGGUGAAAAGGUUUUAGAGGUGUGAAUACUUUUGCAUGGCGCUGUAGCUGUGUAAUCUCGCAAAUACAGGAAAUGAUUAACUGUGAUAUAUAAUGUUUACUCCAUUUAUUAUUAGAACUAUUUUAUUUCUUUCCAACAGGUGAUAUGAAACAUGCCGCACGAUGGCGCUGUCCUCCCAACAGAAACAGUGAUAACGAAUUUCGCUAAAACUGAUUAGUUUUGUCGUCAUGAAUCCGUUUCUAACAUGUCUAUUUGAUAAAUCAGUUGACUUUAGGGGCUCCAAACAAACCGAUGAAUCAAUACAAAUGUUUUAAAGACUUAAACAGAAACCUAAACUUAAAGCAGCUCGUGUUCUAGAUCAAUGCAGGAGAAGCUCCAGCACGAUAUUUUGUGUCUUUACGAGGAAAAACUGAAAUAAAGGUUUAUUAUCCUGCUUUAAAUAUGUAUUAAACUCUAACUUUGAUUUUCUAAGUCUGGAUAAUUUGGCCCGUUUCUGGAUCAACUGGAUCAGCUCGGAACAAGCUCUCAGUCUCCACGCAACUAGUCGGUGUAAACCCAUUGUUGCCUGUCCAGCCAAUCAUAGUUUUUGACGACACAUAACUGGCUAAAGUUGGAGCAUAAAAAGGUGCGCGCUAAUAAACUAUGACGCCCGUCAGCGUUGUUCAUUAAUCCAACCGCAGCUCUGAGGCGCUGCACCUCCCAGCACGAAGGGGAUCCCUUUUUCUUCCGCACCUGAAAAACAUUGAAAACCGACCGACAGAGACGAUGCAUCUGUCCCGGAUUGCGCAGUGUCUCAGCUUGUUGGCUGUUUUGGGUCCAGUUGUCCUGAGCGAACAGGAGAUGCAACAGCAGCAGCUCUCCGGCACCAGCCCCACGGACACCGAGCAGUGCCUCACCUGCGAGGUGCGGCAGCACAUCAGAACCAUGCGGCUAAACGCGAUCAAGUCCCAGAUUCUGAGCAAGCUGCGGAUGACGGAGGCUCCCAACAUCAGCCGGGACGUUGCGCAGCAGCUCCUGCCCAAGGCGCCGCCACUUCAGCAGCUGCUCGACCAGUACGACGUGCUGGGAGACGACAACAGGGAUUUGGUCAUGGAGGAGGACGAUGAGCACGCAACUACAGAGACACUAAUGAUGAAGGCUACUGAACCCGACUCUGUCGUUCAGGUGGACGGAGAACCAAAGUGCUGCCUUUUCUCCUUCACCCAGAAGCUUCAGGCCAACCGGAUCGUCCGUGCGCAGCUGUGGGUGCACAUGCGCCCGGCAAGCGAAGCGACCACCGUGUUCCUGCAGAUCUCCCGCCUAAUGCCGGCCACGGAGGGGAGGAGGCACAUACGGAUCCGCUCCCUGAAGAUCGACGUCAACGCCGGGGUCAGCUCCUGGCAGAGCAUAGACGUCAAACAGGUUCUGGCCGUGUGGCUGCGGCAGCCGGAGACCAACUGGGGCGUCGAGAUCAACGCCUUCGACUCCAAGGGAAAUGAUCUAGCUGUGACCUCUGUGGAGCCUGGAGAAGAGGGAAUGCAACCGUUCAUUGAGGUGAAGCUCUCAGAGGGCCCCAAACGAGCCAGGAGAAACUCGGGUCUGGACUGCGAUGAGAACUCUCCGGAUACUCGCUGCUGCCGCUACCCGCUCACCGUGAACUUUGAGGACUUUGGCUACCACUGGAUUAUUGCACCAAAACGCUACAGGGCCAACUACUGCUCAGGGGAGUGUGAAUACAUGCACCUGCGGAGGUACCCACACACCCACAUGGUGAUCAAUGCCAACCCUAGAGGGUCUGUAGGCCCCUGCUGUACCCCCACCAAGAUGUCCGCCAUCAACAUGCUGUACUUUAACCACGAAGAGCAGAUCAUCUACGGCACGAUCCCCUCCAUGGUGGUGGACCGCUGCGGAUGCUCCUGAGUUCAGAGCCCGACCCGUCCCUCCCUCACUGCAGACUUUCUGACCCAACAGAUCCACCUGAUCCGACGCUUUCCUGCAGACCACCGUGCAACAGAAGCAGAGUAGAGGCCACAUACAGCCUUGUCUUCCUGCAGGGCAGCGCUUUCAACACCAGCCUUCUAUAGCUCUAACUUCUUUCUUCCAGUGAAACUUUAACCAUCAAGGCUUGAAGCCAGAUGGGUGCAAGAACAGAAAGACACACAUGAUGGACCUUGGAAUGAAUGUAGGCACCAUAACUGACCGUAUUUCUAAAACACAUUAAUACACUUAUUUCUAUGCUUUGCUAUGUUUGUGAGAACCAAUUUAUAAAACAUGUUUCCCUCUCCAACCUUCUGAAAACAGUUUGAGACCCACUGGAGUCACUCCUCACCCCAGCUGAACCGCCACCAGCAAUAAAACAUUCCGAGAAUUAACAAACCAGAGGCAAACGAUCAGUUUAGAUGCAUUUUUCCUCAUUAACAAUGUUAAUAUUUAGCAAAUAACCUCCUCAAACAUGCAUGCUUUUACAGAGCCGACCGAGAACCAGCUCCGGUUUCUGCUUCAAAACAGCUCGACCUGCCCGGCACACUUGAACUGUCCUGAUUGUAACUUCCCCUCUCUGGACAGAAAGACUUGAAUUGAAGGCACAGUGAAAGCAGCCUGAGAAAACGUUGAGAUGUGUGAACGUGGAGAUCGUGUCUUACAAACAACAGUUUGCACUAUGGCACACCAAUAGAACGAGUUGGUUGCUAUAAAAAGAGUUGUAAAAACUGAUUUUGAUAUGUUUGAUCAUUUGUAUUGUGUGCAGCUGGGAGGAGUCCUCCUCAGCCACUGAUGGUGAGAAUAUAAAACCACAAUGUAGCAAAUAAAACAUGUUAUACAGAAGCUUUCUAUAUAUACUUGUUUGAACAAAUAAAAUCUGUAGCUUGUU